GCGGGGCGGGCCCCACGCCACUGAUCUUGUAGCCAUUUUAGGAGGAAACCAGGCUCGCUAGCCCCGGGCGAGGCUUCAAUUUCGAUAACUUUAUUGGUGACUUUAUCCGCGGAACAACCAUCGCACCAUUGGUCCCGGGAGGAGGGAGAGCAUCGCGGGAGGUGGCCCCCGACUCGAGCUGCACAGCCAUGGGAAACACAACCAGCGAUCGAGUGGCCGGGGAGCGCCACGGCGCCAAGGCUGCGCGCGCCGAGGGCGCCGGCGGCCAUGCUCCGGGUAAGGAACAUAAGAUCAUGGUGGGGAGCACCGACGACCCCAGCGUCUUCAGCCUGCCGGACUCCAAGCUCCCUGGGGACAAAGAGUUUGUAUCAUGGCAGCAGGAUUUGGAGGACUCCGUAAAGCCCACACAGCAGGCCCGGCCCACUGUUAUCCGCUGGUCUGAAGGAGGCAAGGAGGUCUUCAUCUCUGGGUCCUUCAACAAUUGGAGCACCAAGAUUCCACUGAUUAAGAGCCAUAAUGACUUUGUUGCCAUCCUGGACCUCCCUGAGGGAGAGCACCAGUACAAGUUUUUUGUGGAUGGACAGUGGGUUCAUGAUCCAUCAGAGCCUGUGGUUACCAGUCAGCUUGGCACAAUUAACAAUUUGAUCCAUGUCAAGAAAUCUGAUUUUGAGGUGUUUGAUGCUUUAAAGCUAGAUUCAAUGGAAAGCUCAGAGACAUCUUGUCGAGACCUUUCCAGCUCACCCCCAGGGCCUUAUGGUCAAGAAAUGUAUGUGUUUCGAUCAGAGGAGAGAUUUAAAUCCCCACCCAUCCUGCCUCCUCACCUUCUCCAAGUUAUUCUUAACAAGGACACUAACAUAUCUUGUGACCCAGCCUUGCUCCCCGAGCCCAAUCAUGUUAUGCUGAACCAUCUCUAUGCAUUGUCCAUUAAGGACAGUGUGAUGGUCCUUAGUGCAACCCAUCGCUACAAGAAGAAGUAUGUCACUACUCUUCUGUACAAGCCCAUCUGAGGGAUCCCUUCCUGCCUCCCAGGAUUCAGGAGAAGCAUCUCCCUUGCCUUUCUGGACUGGACCAGUCUUAGCUGGGACUGGAAGGCUGAUUUGCUUUGAGGCUAAUAUGUGUUUCAGUGCCUGAGUAGGAUGCUCUGCUUUUGCAUUUGAUUGCAGAUGAGAGCUUUAUGAGUUUAUGGAAUUUAUUUUAACACUAUAUAUAUAUAUACAUAUGAAGGGAAAGUUAAUGGAAGCCUCCUAGCUAGAUGUAUUCUCCCUGCCUAUGGGAACUCACCAAGACCUGUUUGGGAGAGCUUCAGGAAGAGCCAUUACAGGAAUAUUUUUUCCUAAAGUGAAUGAAGAACAAACUCUCAGGAUCCUUGUUGGGUGGAGAUUCUAUCACUGCUACUACCUUGGCUCUCCAAGGAAUGGACUUGUGCCAGACUGCUGCCCUACUUACAGCUGCCUCUUUGCAGGAACAGCUUUUCUUGCAUGGGUUCUCUGUAUUCCCAGAGAAUGUGGCACAAUCUGUGCUUUUUUAAAUGAUACCAGAUGCCCCAUAAGAACCCUUUUCCCUUUCAUUUCACAUUCUUGCUUUGUUAGCCUCCUUCAAAUCCUAUACCUGACCCUUCCUAGCACAGAAUUUAGUAGGUAAGUGACCCCUUUCAAAGGCUUUGUGAGACCUGACCCACCUCACAGACUAGGGCUGCCAGAAUGUCUCCUUUUUUAAGCCAGCACAGGCCCAUGACACUUUGUUACCACUUACCUUAACUUCUACUGAAGAAACUGGCUUAGUAUGAUAUGAAAGGCAGAAUGCAGAAGGUCCGUUUUCUUGUUUUGGUUUGGUGCCACAGUUAAGGCUGUAUUGGCACAUUCCCAUACUUUUUCCCACCUGGUUUGGCCCUGCUUCCAUGUUUUGUUUCACAGACAGCUUUGAAGGUAAGAGUAAAACUAGUAAAAACUUUCAUGUCUUUUGUCCUUGGAAGAUUUUUAUGUGCCUACAUUUUUCUUUUCUCCAAAAAAUGCCUUUUCAUUGGUGUAAAGAGACUGCUUUUGGAGAACUUAAGCUUUUGAUAAAUAGCUCACUAUUUUCUUUAGCCCUCUACAAUCGUACAUUAAUGAGGCUGACUCUGUGUACAUCAUUACAGUAAACACUGUUGUAGAUACAGGCCCGUUCAGGCUCAUCUUGUGCACCUAAAAGUUUCCUUAAACUUAAAGAUUCAUUACGCCAAGAAGCAAGACAUUACCCUUGGUAGUCUCAGCAAUGAAAAGUAUUGCUUUCAUGUGCUAAAUGCUAACAGUCAUCUUGCUCUUCUGUAUCUUUUCCCAAAAAGUGUUUGAUGAUGAAGAGGGGUCAGUGAUUUCCGUUUGUGGAGUAAAAAGUUUCUAUUCAAUCCACUCUUGAGAUUCAGAGAUAAGAUAUUUUUCCCUAAGUUUCUGUGGCUCUUGCAUUACAAAUAAAUGCAAGCCAAACAUUCAGUACCGAAGGAGGCCAGAUUUGAUGCUUGAGAGGCUCCUUGAGAUGAGCCCAGUCCCACUGAAAGGGCACCCACAUGUCAAUUAGCUACCUCCUCUCUUUACCAUGUAAAGCUGAUGACAUAGUUGUCUUUGGGUAUGUAGAACUCUUAGAUCAUCUGUGUGAGCAGUAUGGUAUGGGAUUGCUGUCUUGCUGAGAAUGCAAAUUGCUAAGUGCUUUGGUGGUUAAUUGCUGAGAGUAAAUACUACUCUAGCCAUUCGAGGCCACUAUCUACAGCAAAAUGCUUUUGUGGAGAACGUUUUAUAGUUCUAGUCACAUUUAGAAUGGUGUGCCAUUCUAAAAUUCUGUUAGAACCAACUGUCAGGAUCUACACUGUCUCCAGUUAUACUAAAAUUUUGUAUUUUUCUAAUACCCAGUAAACAAGUGAGUCACUUAGGAUUUAAAGUCUUGCUUGCUACAUGGAAGGUUUUGUUGAACUUAUAUGUCUUGUCAGCGGUAUUAUCAUGUAAUCAUCCAUGUGUUCAUGUAUUAAAAUUUCUGUUCUGCACAGAUAUAUCAUUAGCGUGGGAUAGGAAAAAAGAUGCCUCCCAUUUUUCUCAGGCCAGAGGCUUCUAUGAAAUGAAUGGGUCUGUCUUCAGCAACAGCAGGCUUUGGUGUUGGUGACCUUCCAAUCUUUCUAAUCUGGAAAUGUGCAGAAGGUGUCAGUUUUCCAAAUUCUGAGGUAAUCAAUCUUUCAGCCAGAUAUGAAAUUGGAGCCUACCAGCAGUUUUGGAAAGGGACAAAUAAGAGGAAUUGGAUGAUGACUUAUGCAGCCCUGUCCCUUCUCUGUGCUGCUGAUAACAUCGCAUGGCCUUGAUAAUUCCUAUCAUACUCUCCUCAGUCUGCCUCCAAGAAACUGUUCUAGGCUGAAAGGGAAGGAGGAAAGUACCCCAAAGUACAGCUCACUCAUUCUUUUAUAUUGGUUAAAGGGAUAGUUUAUUUUCUGCAGAAGAAUAUGACAGAGUUUGAAAAUGAAUAAAGAGUAAAAAAUUGGGUUUUUUUGUUUGUUUGCUUGGUUGGUUGGUUAGCUUUUGCCUAUAAGAGUUUCAGAGAGUCAAUAAGUAAGAAUGUAACUCUUUGAGGGGGCUGACUAUUAAAGAACUGUAUCAUGGUAUAGGAGUUGUGGGAAGCAGAGUAACUGAGCUGAGGACUGAUACUAGGAAAAUUAAGGCUUAAGUAACCCAGAACUAGAAAUACCCUUUUUAAAAUUAAUUCAGACACAUCCUGGUGUCUUUGGAUCCCAUUGUAUAGAAUUUGUCAUAUAAAAAAAUCUUCCCUUUGUCUCUUGUUUCUGUUUUCUACACUUUGUUCUAUAUUGUGCUUUAACUUCAUGUGUCAGGCAAACUUUACAAGGGUCUAAAGUCAAAGGUUACCUAAAGCAAAUAUUAGUCAUCUUGCUGUUAAGGAAGAUGUGUCAUGGAAGGAAGAGCAUCUGUGUCAGGAUUAUUAGCUUGCUUUAAGAUUAGAGUUGAAUGGGAUUUAAUCACUAGGCAAAACCCCUGAAGGGUAUCUGGCCUCAAGAGUGUUGGCUUAAAAAAAAAAAGCUUAUAUAUGGUAGAGAAACCCUAUAAAAGAAUUCAAGAGAAGUGUCUGACAGGAUCCUAUAAACCCAGGCCCAGUUACUUCACUCUGAUUAUUUCUAGUCUCUCUUACCUAAUGGAUCUGAGAUAAAAAAAUUUUUUGAAAAGUGUUGGUACUCUAUGUAUGCUGCUAAAAUGAAGUUAAGAAAGAAGUUUUACUUCUAGACUGGGCUUAUAUUAAUCUGGGUAUAAAUGAAGGAGACAUAUUAACGAUAGACUCCCCUGCUUUUAAUUGGGGAAAUAGGGCUUUUAAAUUUUUGACCUCAACUAAAAAUUAUAUGCAGUAGUCUUUGUUUGAGUAUGUUUGCAGUAUGUUCUAUUCUCAGAGAUCUCUAAAUCUUCACGUUCUAGUGAUUUGGGGCAUAGACUUAAGAGCAGAUACACCAUUGGUUCCUGCAUUAUUAUGACUCAUUGUUAAAGCUGAGCCCUUGCUGUCUUUUACUAGGAACUGCUGACUCUAGUUACCCAUGGGAUGGAGGACCUGGGAGGGAUAGGAGUUAGGGUCUUUUAAAACUCUGGAUUUAGCAUUCAUCUCUCCUUAAGCACCAGUCACAAUUGGAGGUUGAAGGGCUGUCAUUUCUGCAAUGAACUGGAACUUUCAGAAUAAAAAGGCCAAAUCUUUAAAAAUUAUAAGAAAAGCAGAGGAAAAGGCUCUAAGAGUCUGUUACUUAAGAAAUCCAGUUCUUGGCAAUGGAAUCCCUCCAGGAUUCAAAUUUGGGCUUUGUCUUGAUUUGCUUUACUCAGUUGUGCUUUGAAUUGAAUAAAUUAUUUAAAAGUUAAAUUUUGUAUUAGUUCUAACGUGAGUGGAGUUGAAUUUUAUGUAGCACAGUGCUUUUGCAGUAUGAUUGGUGUGAAAUACUGAAUAUUUUGUGGAUUUUGUAGUCAGGUUAAAUGAUUGAGGAGUACCUACCCUAAGUAUUACGUACUGGUCAUCUUAACUUCUUUUCUGUUCCCAUCUACAGAACACCUACCCAGGUUGUGGUUUUAGAGCAGCCAAAGCUCACUAAUGUUGAUUAGUUCUAAUCUCCACACUGGCCUCAUAUGUGAAACUUGCUUAAAUUUUGGUAAAUUUUAGAAUGUUGGUUGUUACUUCACCAAAGCAUUUUGAAUGAAUACAGCUCUGUUAUAAAGGGGGAAUAAGACUAUAAUUUGAAGGGAAUUAAAUAUGGAUUAAAGGAUAUCAGUCCUCCUUUAAAUGGUGCUUUUUGUAAUCUUUAGUGCUGAGGGACAAAGCUGCUUUUCAAUAUUUCACAAAGGAGUGGCUUACAAGAAUGGAUUUUAAAGCUUUUCUCCAAAUGUAAUUUGUCACUGGAUUCUGACAUGUGUCUGAAAAUUCUGUGAUGUAACACAUACUGAAAUGUGAGUUUUUUCCCCAUAAAACUGUUGAAUAAAAGUAUUAUACAGCAAUAA